AUGAUGCAUACAUUUUUGAUCGUUAUUAUUAUCUGUAGUUGUUUUGGUUUUAUUUCAACGUCUACUAUUGAUUCAGACUUGACUGAUAUUAUCAAUAUUGAACAAGAUUUUAAAAAAUAUUCACCUGAAAUAGCUCGUAAUUUUACACAAACAACAUGUCAAAUGAUAUCUAAAUGUUGUCCUCAAAUACAAUCGAAAUUUAUAUCGAUGGCUUUAUUAGGUGAUACAAAAGGUAUAACUGAUCAAUGUUUUGAUUUAAAAGGGUCACCUAAUUCACUUUUAAAUAUUAUUUCAUGUUCACCAUUGUUUCAAUUAACUACAAUGAUCACAAAUCCUGAUUUAUUAAAAUAUAUAUCAUUGAUUUCAAAAAAUUCAAAUCAAGAUAAAGAAGAUAUGAAAACUAUACUUAAUGUAUGCUCUGAAACAGAAGUUUAUUCAAUUGCAUGUAAUUGGAAUGAUUCUGAUCAACAAAGUACAUGUCAAAGAAAAGUACUUGAAAAAUGGGCUGGACAAGGUGAUAAAUUUUAUACAGAUAAAGUUCAACAAAAGAAACAAGAUUAUAUUAAACUUAUUGAUAUAUUAAAAAAAGAAUUCCAUAAUUAA